AUGCUAUGUGAGGCUAACGUGAAAUGCGACUUUCCAGCUCUAAGCCAAAGAUUUCCCGACCUCUCUACUGGCUCGACAGGCGCAGAGCACAGGAAGCCCGUCAUGGCUCCUGUUGCAGGUAAUAAACGGAAGAGAGGUGAUCGAACCUGGUCUGGCGACUCAUCAAACGAUAAUCCUCGACCUUCUCCGCAUCGUCCAAGCAAUUUGAAUCUAGCUCAACAGCAACAGCAACAUCAAGGCAGAGACGGCCAGGAGGGUCGCGGGAGAGGUGGUGGCCGGAGAUCCAGCCGAGGUGGCAGAAAUACCAGAAGAGGGAGCGAUAGCGCACAUGUUCUACAGCAGCAGCUACGAGAUAGCCCUGCUCCUGCGAAGCCUGUCCCCGCAUCGAACGGCCAUGAAGCAGAGCAAACCAAACCGAAUGGCGUACCGGUCACCCAGUCUCCUAUUAUGCCGGUGGAAGUACAACACCAGACUGCUCUAACGAAAAAGCCCUCAUACUGCUAUGAGUAUGUUUCCAAUGAUGGCAUUGCGAACUGGGUUGGGGCCGGGCGGCCAGCUAUGGUGGAGAUUGGGACAAAAGCUCGAACGGCAGGCGACUUUCUCACUCUGUCUUCAGUAUUCCAAGAACUCGUCCAGUUGGCACUCGAGGGCCGUGCAUCGCCUCACGACCUGGGAAGCACAGUGCGUGUUAUUAUCGGUGACACUGAGAACAUAGAGUCAACUCUAGAUCCACGAUCUAUAUUCCUUGAUACCCUUUCUAUCCUAACCGAAACAGAACCAUCUAAUCCUAACCUUCGCCCCUUUAUCUUUGCAACAGGUAUCCCUUCUGAUAUCAUGCGGGUUCAGUUGGAAACCCCUCUUCUUCAAUCCCUUGGUUUGAUCCGUGACACUUUCGCCCCUUGGUCGACAACCUAUCUCCGAGAGGAACAGCGCAAGUGUAUAUCUGCAGCUGAAGGAGACACCGUAAACGACGAUGGUGAGACGAAAAAAUGGAUCGAACAAACGGGUACGCUGCCACCAAAAGGCAAUCGAGUAGCAGCGCAACUUCUCGGCUUCAAACUUCGAUAUUACUCCUCAGGUGCACGGAACCCAUCAGAUGUCCUUCCAGAUAAUCUAAUAUACCUCGCUGCACUCCUCAUUAAAGUUGGAUUUAUCUCUCUACGUGAUCUAUAUCCCCAUCUUUGGCGGCCAGAUGAAUCCAUGGAUGCCUUGAAAGAAGAGAAGAUGAAGGAAAAAGCGGAGAGGGAGGCAGCUGCUCGUCAUGGAGGAGCUGUCAAUGCCUUAAUGACAGCUGGUGCGCUCGUUGAUGACACUUUGCCGCCACCUCCUCGAAUUAGGGAGCCAGAAGCGCGACCUUCAACCCCUUCGCGAGACCAUGAUCAUGACCAUGAUAAGUCGGGAGCCCCCAAGGUGGAGGAUAAGGAACAGCUACCUGAGCCAGCUGAUCAAAAGGUUCUUCUCUUGAAAAGCCUGCUUGCCAUCGGGGCUCUCCCAGAAUCCUUAUAUAUCCUUGGAAAAUUUCCAUGGCUUCUGGACGCUUAUCCCGAGCUCCUUGAAUUUAUCCACCGUAUUAUUCACCAUUGCUUGAGCAAAGUGUACAACAGUGUCCGACCACUGGCCGAACGAGAAGAACUCAAGAGCCGAAAAAAGAUCGUCAGUACAGAUCAAUCAAUCACAUUGUCGGGUAAGAUUCGACUUGGAGAUCCAGCCCCACGACGCAUUCUUCGCUGGGCACAGUUAGACAAAGAAGACACCAAUGAUGGCACCGACUAUCGCUUCUACUGGGAUGAUUGGGCGGACAAUAUCCCGAUCUGCCAGGCUGUUGACGAUGUAAUCGCUCUUUGCGGUUCAUUCUUGAAUCUUUCUGGCGUAAAAAUUGGUAACGAUCCCAGUUUGCUCACAAAACUUGCUCGCAUCGGCAACCAUAGCAUGAAGAACGAUCCGUCCGAGUUUAAUAAUGCCCGUUGGAAAGACCUUUGCAAGCGUUUGCUUGUUCCCGCUCUCAGUUUAACAAAAGUUAAUCCCGGUGUAGUCAAUGAAAUAUUUGAACUGCUGCAGCAUUUCCCUCAGGAUGUCCGAUUUUCAAUCUAUGCGGAAUGGAAUCUCGGGCAAGUCUCCAGAAUACCAGACAUAAAAUCAGCCUUCGACCUAGCUCGCGCCCAAACGAAAGACUCUUUGAAACGGUUAAGCAAGACGAAUCUCCGGCCGAUGGCUAGGACACUGGCUAAGAUUGCAUAUGCAAACCCUGGGAUAGUAAUCAACGUUGCCAUCAGCCAGAUUGAGUCCUACGAAAAUUUAAUCGAGGUUAUCGUCGAAUGCGCGCGAUAUUUUACAUUCCUAGGCUAUGACAUUUUAACCUGGGCAUUAGUGAAUUCACUAGGGCAAAAAGGACGAAGUAGGAUGCAAGCCAGCGGUCUGCUUGCAAGCCGAUGGUUAAAUUCUUUGGCCACCUUCGCCGGUAGAGUCUUUAAACGAUACUCCAGUAUUAUGAACCCCAUCCCGGUUUUACAGUAUGUCAGUGACCAGUUACGCCAAAACAACUCUACGGACCUCCUCGUGCUUGAACAGCUCAUCAGCUCAAUGGGUGGCAUUGUUACUGACAAUAGUUUUAACGAUGCUCAACUCCAAGCAAUGGCAGGAGGAGAAGUCCUACAAUCCCAGACGAUGCUCCAGUUAUUGGACAAGCGACACGAGUGUAAAACGACCUCAAAGAGGCUUAUGAAAUCGCUGUCUGACUCUAACUUAGCCGGAUUGCUUCUUGUGGCAAUGGCACAAGAACGGGUUACCUGUAUCUUCAAAGAGUCAGAAUCCGAGGCGGAAUUAAAACUACUGGGUAAUAUAUUUGACGAAACCCAUCGUGUCUUGACACAAUACUUGGACCUCCUGCGAUCUAACUUCACGGUUGACGAAUUCAAUUCUUAUGUCCCCGAUGUCGUGUCCCUGAUCAGUGAGUUUGGAUUACAGCCCGAGGUGGCAUUUUGGAUAUCUCGCCCAAGCAUCGCCCAACGUAUCGCUGAUACAAAUAAACAAAUACAAGAAGCUUCAGUGAAGAAAGGAGGACUGGAAACUUCUAUGCCGGAAAAAGGCGCCAACAGUGACAUCGAAAUGGGUGAAGAUAAAGAUGUCGCUGAGCCAACCGAGCAAGAAGGGGCCAUGACUGUGGAUAGCCAAGUUUCGAGCGAUGAGGUCAAAACCAUACCGGAGUCAAGCUCGCUGGAUCCUAUCAAUUCUGAGAAAACAGCUACUGCGGUGUCACCGUUCAACCCAGUUGUCCAGGAACUGAUGGAGAGGAUGAAAGCAUCCGCCCCCGAGUCCCUUUGGGAGGUUGUCGGCCUACCAUUUUAUAUCACAUUUUGGCAGCUUUCGUUAUACGACAUCUACGUGCCCCAAAAAUCCUACGAGGACGAAACGGAACGUCUAAAGAAGCGAGUCAUUGCUCUUUCUCACGACAGAAUGGACAUGAGCUCGGCUGGUGCCCAACGCAGAGAAAGGGAGAAGAGGCAAAUUAACGAACUUCACGACCAAAUCCUAGACGAGAACAAACGACACAUCAGAGCCUACGGACAGACUCGUGCAAGAUUGCAAAAGGAAAAAAGCCAAUGGUUUGUUGGGAUGCGUGUAAAACACGAGCCUCUAAAUAUUGCACUUAUGCAGCAAUGUUUCCUUCCCCGUACCCUGCUUUCUCCUAUUGACGCCUUUUACAGUUUUAAAAUGCUUAAAUAUCUUCAUUCAUCUGGCACUCCCAAUUUCCGAACGGUGGGGUUAUUGGACCAACUGUUCCGGGAUCAACGUUUGACCAGCAUAAUAUUCCAAUGCACCUCCAAAGAGGCAGAUAACUUUGGCCGUUUUCUCCAUGAGCUUCUACGCGACCUCAGUAGAUGGCAUGCAGACAAGGCUGUAUAUGAAAAGGAGGCAUUCGGAGCCAAACGUGAUCUUCCUGGCUUUGCUAGAACCAUGGACCCUGAGGGGAAGCCUACAACAUUCUUGGACUAUGAGGACUUCCGGCGCAUCUUAUAUAAGUGGCACAGACAGCUCAGUGCAUCCCUCAAAACAUGUUUGACUGGAGGCGAGUAUAUGCAUAUUCGAAAUGCAAUCAGCGUUCUGAAAGCCGUCAUACAAUACUUCCCGGCAGUCAACUGGAUAGGCCGGGAUAUGCAAAACUGCGUGGCUGCCUUGACAAAUUCCGAUCCUCGAGAUGACAUCAAAAUACCUUCGGCUACCUUAGUUGGAGAUUUAAGCAGGAGGGAGAAAAAAUGGCUCCUCCCGCAAGCAUUCACCAUUUUGAACCCAGCGGCCGCGAGCGGAGAAACUGGUAGCAACACGCCAAAGAAUGAAGCCGGACUAGAAGAUAAGACUUCUAGUGGUAAGCCACGGACACCGCAAGCUUCGUCAGUAACGCCUAAACCCCUAAAUGCAAAUGCGCCGGAGUUUCAACCAACUGCUGCAGCCAUCAAAACAAAUGGAACAACGACUUCUCCCACCACUGGCCGGUUAGAGGUCGAGGAUGGUGAGAUCGAAGACGCAAAGAAAGAAGAGGCAAAAGUGAUGGAAGAAUCUGCCAAAACUGACUCUACUAACCGUGCUACACCACUAUCAACACCAACUAUCCAGGCAGGCACAGCAGACGAAACAACAGCGGAUCACAAUGACCAGCCCCAAUCCGCUCAAGUGGCUGAAUCCCCAGUACCUCAGGAUAACCGUAGCACCACACCCGUACCUAGCAAAGAGGAACCCCGUCCUCGAGAUGCAGGUAAUGAUAUGUCUCCUCAAACAGCUUCCGGCGCUGGAACCAGGACACCUUCGGAAUCAUCUCAUCUAUCUAAUACCUCCCGACGCAUAGAAGUUGAUCGGCACGGCAACAGUAAUACGGGGCUUCGACCGUCUGCUAGCCUUCCAAAUAAACCAGAUCUUCCUCGUCAGUAUAGGCACUCUGACAUGAGAACGCCCGGUGUACGACCAACUGAUAUGUCUGGAGACCGACGAGAUGGCCGGGAUCACAAGUAUCCCGAACAGGGCCGGCUUUCUAGAUACGGGCCGCAUGAUCAUGACAGAUUGACUGACCAUCCGAACGUAAUGGAAUCGCGUGGCUUUGGCCGGCUUUCGGAGAAGGACAUGGCGCGAAGACCAUACCCAGAAGAUCACAUCGGACGGCCAACUCAUAUGCGAGAUCCCAUAGGCCCUCGGGAUCAAGAAUGGAGGGAACGGCAUAGUCGUGGCAGGCUUAAUCCCCCUGAUCAUCUAAAUCAGAGGCCGGAUCAGCCUCGGUCUCUGCGAGACGAGGAAAGUAACGCUUCCCGUCAUGCUAAUAUGCAACAUCCACACGAAUACCCGCACCGUCCUGCAAGGCCACAGAGAGAGGACAGGAGACCGCCACAUGGCUCACGCCCUCCAACCCCAUCUCAACAAGAGGAGCACCGCCCAUCAUCUUCUCGAAUGGAUAGACACGAUGAACGAGAUGACAGAAAUACACCAGGCCGUCUCGCACCGCCGGGCGCUUCUCGCCAUGAUGAGUUACCCAGCGGCCCUCGCGGAAAUCGCCCUUCGCAUGCAAAUCCUCCAGAUAACCGCUUGUCUCAGGAUCACCAGCGAGAUGGGAGAAUGAGCCAUCUACCGCCCCCUGACCCUACCUAUGGCCGGUUAAAUCAAGACUCACGAUUCCCUCCUGGGCGUUCUCAGGAAGCUUUUGAACGUAAUCCUGAUAUCCCAUCAGGCCCAAGACGGAACCAGCCUGGCCGUGGCGGCAGAUCGGUUUCGGCCUCAGGCCCUCAUGCAUCUUCAUCAGCUAGCGUGGCCAACCCUGAUCGUCAACCCCCUACAGGGCCAGCAAGCUGGACUGGCCAACGGGGUCAAUCCCACCAGGACCGACCUUCUCAAGGGGUUAGUGCUUCCGAGGACAGCAACGCAAACCUCAACACUAUGGAUACGUCUGGAAUCCAUCCAGACCGGCUCAAAGCCAUGCAAGACCCAAAUGAACGCGGUUACAGAUCCAGUGGAACACCGUCCCAGCAACAGGGAGCACCUCAGCCCCCUCCUCCACCUCCACCUCCUAUUGUCCCUCCAUCAGGUCCCCGAGGUGGUGCCCACGGCCCACCAAGUGCGUCUCCAACCACCCGCCAUCGGCCUUCUGGUAUGCCAUUACCUGGAGAAGGCGGGCGAGGGGAUAAAAGAUUUGCCGGGCUUAAUAAUAUGCUGCAGCAAUCCUCAACCGGCACAGGUGACAAGCCUGGCCUUGGCCAGAUAAACCGAGUCAGAGGUUCAAACAGACAAAGUGGCUCUGUCAGUGGGCCAUCGCCUCAGUCAGGAAGGCCGCAGCCUCCAAAUGAUGCUGGUUCCGCUACCAGUAACACCGGAAGGUCGGAGCUGUUCCCACCACGCUCUAACGGUGCACUGCCCGAAGAAGAGAGCCGCAGGCCGGGCCGGUCUAGUCGCCGAAGCGAAAUCAUAGAUGAAGCAUCAAGCUCUAGACGAUCUCCGCAUUCAACGACCUCCGGUCCUCAUACCCCGGAUCGUCCCAAUGACAGGGCCGGUGAUCGUGAAAGGGAGCGUGAACGCCGAACGGGUGAAGACAGUUCGAGAGCCAAAGAUAGCAAGAAGGAUGACCGCCGGGACCGCCCACGGGAGCGAGACCGUGGUCGUGAUAGGGGUCGAGUUGAUGAAGUUGCUGAGCGCGACGACGCCAGGGGCUCUCGCGAUUCUUCUUCUCGUAGAAGCGGCCACAGUUCAGGGGCAAAUACUACCGAAGUGACACCAACAAGCAGUCGUAGACGAGACAAGCGAGAACGAGAUGAAGGGCGUGGUUCUGGAAGUGGUGGCAGCGGCGGUAAAGGAAUUCUGCUUCCGCCUCCACCGCCGCCGCCACCCCCCAUGGACAGACCACUUGACAGAUGGGGCGGUGCAGGACCUGGACGCAGUGAUGACAGGCUGAGAGACCGUGGUGACCGUGAUCGUGAGAGGGGAGGAGACCGUGACAAGGAGAGAGACCGGGGCGAUAGGGGUCGAGACCGUGAUAGGGAGCGCGGCCGGGACAGGAGAGAUGGCCCAAACGUAGGGCCAGAAGGGAGAGGGCCGCCUCUAACUCCGACAAGUGGCCCUGGGGGCAGUGCUGGAAACACAGGCAACAAUACCUGGCCUCGAAAGAGAGGCAGACCACACGGCAUUGGGGGGGACGAGGGCCAUGAACAUUCACCAAACAUGGGUGGUCCUAUGAGGCCAGGACCAGGGCCAGGGCCAGGGCCAGGGCCAGGCAGCGAAAACAAGCGCCAGAGACGUUGA